AUGACCGCAUGUCACGAGUGUUUGGGUUUUGUGCCCCAGCUAUUCCUCACAACAUGCAAACAGUGAGUGUUCCAUACAAAUACUCGACAGAUUGAAAUAGAAUAGUCACAGUGUCACACCCUAAAGGGGUCAGUAGAGUAGACAGUAGACGUAGCUAAGGCAAAGAAGUGUACUAUAAACACUACCCACAACUCCUCCCAAACACAGGAGAGACUGCGUCAGUGUUGACAUGAAAGGAACUUACAUUGAAGGCGUGGGCUCGACAGCCUUUGUAUUUCGGUGAGACUGUAGAUGUCACGUGACGUCAACCAGGAAGCAAGACCGGGUAGUGUUGUCUCGAGGUGUUACACAUACAGACACAUCAUGGCAACUGAUGUUGACAAUUGGCAAAGUGGGAAGACCUUCCCGGAAACCAACCUGCACAUGUUGGACAGUUUGUUGUUGGCUGAUGUGACCUUCCUCGUUGGAGAUCAAAGGGAGACAAUCCAGGCUCACAAAUUCAUUUUAGUCAGCCGUAGCUGCGUGUUUCACGCGAUGUUCUGUGGAUCGAUCCCCGAGACGGGCCAAGUACUGAUUCCUGAUAUUCAGACAGAGAACUUCAAGACCUUUCUAAGGUACCUCUACACGGGGGAAGUCGCAUUAACUCCUAACACUGUCCUUGGUCUGAUGUACGCUGCUAGGAAAUACAACGUCCCAGGACUGGAAACGCAAUGUGAGGAGUUCUGCUUACAAUCUCUGUCGCCUAGCAACGCAUGUGUAUUCCUACAACAAGCAGUCCUGUUUGAUAAAGAAGACCUCAAGGCCAGAGCUCUUCUGGUAAUUAAAUCCAGAGUGGAGGUGACUAUUGCUAGCGACGGAUUCUGUGAGCUAAGCAAGGAAUGUCUAAAGCUGAUCCUGAAGGCAGAUGACAUGAGAGUUGACGAGAUUUGCAUCUUCCGAUCUGUGAUGUCUUGGGCGGAAGCUGAAUGUCGACGUCAGGGAAGGGAGGUAACUCCAGAAGAGAAAAGAGAAGUGUUGGGAGAGUGUUUGUUUCUCAUUCGUUUUCCAUUUAUUUCAAUGGCGCAAUUUGCCACAACUGUCUGCAAUGAAGGUAUUUUAAGUGAUGCCCAUGUCAUAAUGUUCUUACGAAAAUACUCUAUCAGCGACAUGGAUAUACGGCCGUUCUGUGACAUAUCUCGGAAAUCUCCUGUCUUUUACUUGUCUCGCUUACCUCCUGACCAAAAGACCUGCGGGUAUUUUGACGAAAUAGAUUAUCAACGUGAUGCAUUGUAUUUAUCCUGUGAUACCAGUGUUCACCUGACCGGGCUGAGCGUGUAUGCUAGGGAGGUGGAGGAGAAGGUGUCUCUAGACAUAGUUAUUACUGACAGUGAUGACACAAACCUGCUGCAGCAUCAGCAGGUCCCGGAUGUGAAAGAGGGACAACUCUCAGAUGUGAUGAUGUUUCCUUCACCUCUGACUGUCAGCAAAGGAAAGAAGAUAAAAAUCAAAGUCACCAGGGCCUCUUCAUGUUGUAAUUAUACAUGUGAAAUGAACAAUCAGCGAGUAAUGAGGCAUGAAGCAUCUGGUGUUGUGUGGACACUGGGGCAAUGUGGGGAAAGUGAUUAUUACAACAGCCUAGCCGAUGGAUUCCUUACUGGGAUUUUCUACGAAUUGUAGUGUGUUUACCUUUUACCCUGAUCCGUAUUAACAAAUUCAGAUGACCCAGGGACAACUCUCCUUCCAACUCCUCCAUCUCUGUACGACAGUGGGGCGGUGGGGAAGCCAUGUGGUUAAUGCGUUCACUCGUCACGCCGAAGACCCGGGUCCGAUUCCCCACAUGGGCACAAUGUGUGAAGUCCUGGUAAAUUCUGAUGUGCCCCUCUGCUACAUUGCUAAAAACGGAGUAAAACGAUACUCACUCACUGUACGACAGUAAUGUAUUCAGGAAAUACCGCAUUUGAAAAAUAGACAUAUUUGAUAUUUGAUGAUUAGUUCUUUUUAACAUGUGGCACCUUGACGACUAUUAUAAGAAGUUCCGAGGCAACAUUACGACCGUACCAACUAGAAGAAACACCACGUUGCUAACAUCUUUACAUUAUGUGUAUAAAGUAUUAUCAUUUUUACGUUUGUGACCGUGUUGUCCCAAGGAUAUAUUUGGAACCAAAUUUCUAUCAAUGCAGAAAAUUAAUCAACAAAGACAGUGUCGUUUGAGACCCAAGAUUUCCUUGAAUUUUGGAACUUUUUGACAGCCAACUGUGACGUCAUAGUUUCUGCGUCAUAGUGAGUGGUAGGCUUGAUGAUGAUUUUAUGGGUGCCCACGUCACGUUCUCUUCCUAUCUUGCUGAAGUUCAAUGCUUGUUUUAUAUGCGAGUGUAGUAUUAUAAUAAAAUAAAAAUUCA